AAAAGAGGGCACAGUGAUGAGAAAGCGCAAAGCAACAGUCUCAUGUCCUACGUCAGUAAUUCCAAUUCCUGCCUGAAGAGGACACUUUGUUGAAAACAACAACUAUGGAGGGUUCAAUAUUUUAAGUGUUGCCCGUGUAUUGCGCAUGAAUGUGCUGAGGGAGAAAUAUAUACGAAUACUAUUUUUGAAGUAGUUUUAAUUGGGACAAAUAUUUGUACGUGACCGAAGUUGUAAAUGUAAGUUUUCUCGAAAGAGAUGGUGGACACAAUCUUGAAUCUCAGUUCAGCCUUGAACCUGCCCGUCAUUCACAACCACAUUAUUUAACCUGUGGCCUUAGCAAUUAUUGUGUUAUUUUCUUUUAGUAGUGGCGUGAUCGUGGAGUAUUUUUACAGAAAAUCACUAUAUUGUGGUUGUGAACAAUUUACAUAUUUCCUGCUGUGUAAAACUGAUUUAUUUUUAUUUGAUUUUGUGAAGUGUGUUGAUAACUUAUUUUACUGACCUACACAGUAUAUACUAUAACAAGACAAGAGCUUUCUGCUGUUCAAAGGUUGUAUCACUUGUCUAUGAUAAGACUGGAAUAUUGAAGUGCUUUGAACAGUUAUUAAGAAACAACAUGAGUGUAACGAUUUAGUGGAGAGGAAGUGUGUAGUCUCUUAGAUUAUUUGUUGUAUUGUGUCAGAUACAUUCUAAAUGGAGGGUCUUGUGACUCAAAUUAAGCGAUCACCUGUUUCUCGUCUUAUGCUUGCUAUAACCUUUCUUGUGUCCGGUGUCAUUAUCAACUUGAUACAGUGUAUUCUAUAUUUUGGUGUCCGGCCAUUCAGCAAAUUCCUUUUCCGGAAGAUCAAUUAUUAUUUAGCAUAUUCACUAUAUUGCCAGUUGGUGUUCUUAGCAGAGUGGUGGGGAGAUACUGAUUUAUUAUUAUAUAUUGAUAAAGAUGAUUUUGAAAAAUAUUAUGGGAAAGAACAUGGUUACCUUAUUAUGAAUCACAGGUAUGAAACUGAUUGGCUGGUUGGAUGGCUCUUGUGUGAACGUGUAAAGCUACUAGGGAAUUGCAAAACAUACGCAAAAAAGUCUAUUCAAUAUGUACCUACCAUGGGGUGGGCGUGGCGACUUGGUGAAAGUGUAUUUUUGGAACGUAGCUGGGAGAAAGACAAAGAGACUAUAGGAAGACAAAUUCGGGAAUUAGUAGAAUAUCCUGACAGUAUGUGGCUUCUUUUGAUGGCAGAAGGUACACGUUUCACCCAAGAAAAGCAUACUGCAAGCCAGCAUUUCGCACAAGAAAAGGGCUUGCCUGAUUUAAAGCAUCACCUGACUCCUCGAACGAGAGGAUUUACCUACAGCUUACCAUAUUUGAGAGGAAAAGUUGGUGCUGUCUAUGAUGUUCAGCUGAACUUCAAAAAAGACAUAGGUCCUACUGUGAUGGAUUACUUAUUAGGAAAGAAAAUUGAAGGCCAUAUGUUUAUGGAACGAAUCCCUCUCACUGAAGUUCCAGAAGAUGAAGAAAAAGCUGCUGAGUGGCUUCAUCAGUUGUAUCAGAGAAAGGAUCGCUUGACGGAUAGCUUUUUCCGCACAGGUGAUUUUUUUGCAGAAAGUGGAGUUAGACGCAUAGUACCAUUCCGUUUGCGUCGCCGUUAUUUCAGUCUACUAAAUACUGCUUGUUGGGCUAUAGCAGUGUUGGUACCAAUGAUGUACUGUUUGAUAUGCCUUCUUACUUCUGGGUCAACGUUAUACUUUUCUAUUGGUGCUGGAAUUAUUGCUAUAUUUUUUCUGCUCCUGUACAAGAUGAUUGGUAUGACAAAAAUCAGCAAGGCAUCUUCAUAUGGCAAAACUGCUUCAACACCUACUACUGACAAUGGGAACACUCUUAAGAAGACUGAUUGAGGAAAAUUCCACCUGUUAUUGAAUGCCAAUGAGUACUGUUUUUGUUGUGUUAGCAACCAGUCAACUGCCAAUAUUUACUGUUAUUGGGUAUUGUGGUUUAUGUGUGGAUGUGUCUAAAUGUGUCUUUUGAGUAUGUUAUCUCAUGAAUAGAGUGAAAUGUUACUGUAAUUAUGACCAUAAAUGCAAUUUAUCUAUCGAUAUAUCUCCUCUGCAAUAAAAUGUGAGUACUGUAUUACAAUAUGGUUUUUUUGGUUUUUUUCCAGAAGUUUGUGAUUGUUGUUCACUAUUCUUUCGAAGCCUAAUAGGAAAUAUUGAAUAUAUACAAAGAAAAUAUCGUGGCAUUGAGAUAAUUUUCAUUUUUUCAUUCACUAAAAUUCAUGGAUGGAUGUAUUUUGAAAUUGUAAGCAUUUUUAAACAAAUUAUAUGAUAUGUUAUUUUUAUAUUUAGGUAUGAACAGUACAGUUUUCAAAACUUCCUUUACAGGUUAGACAGGCAUUGUAUUAGCCAGAGUGUUCUUGUUCAAUUUAUUGCUAAUAUUUGGUAAUAAUUAUAAGAAAAAAAACAUCAUACGUAAUCUGAUUGAUUUCUCUUUAUAAUAUUAUUUCUUUGUUAAAUUUGACUUGUAUGAAAGAAUCCGCUCGUAGACAAGCAGAGGGUAAACGAAGAAAAUACAGAAGUUACAAAAAAGGAUAUUAAUGGUUAAUAUCAUGUCCCUUCAUAUCAGUCUAUUUGUUAUAUUCUGUUCUUGUAGCUUUUCUGUUGUUUUUAUUCAUUUCAGUAAAAUAGAGAAGAAUUUUUUGUCCUUUCUGUUUUUGGGAAAAUACUCAUUGAAGUAAAAUGAUCUUAUAUUAAUUUGUUUCUCCUCUUUUAAUUUCUUUAUAUUUUGAGGUACUCGAAAUGUAAUUUUAUGGGCCUAUUUUAAAAGCUCCACAAUGUCUUCUUAAUUGACAAGAAUUAUAAUUAUUUUCCUAACACUCUUUAUAUAUUUUUGUUUUGUGUUCAUAGCUGUGUGUCUAAUCAAUCUGAUUUAGAAAGGUCCAAAAACAUGUUGAAUGCUUAACAGCCACAUUGUAUUUAGGAUCCUGUUAUUUAAAAUGCAGGAAAGUGAUUCAUAACAUGAAUGUAUUUAUAAUGAUGCUUAGUAGCUUCUUUCACAUAUUUUCAGUAUAAUAUUUGACACAUUUGGUGUCUUCAAAUCAAGAAUCAAUGUGACUAAUAUAUUUUACUACAGUCAAUACAUCUUUUGAUCAAAUAAUUUCAUUAUCAUCAACUCUUGAACUCUGUGAAUGUAAUUAUAAAAGAUUCUACCAAAACUAAAUUGUUCUUUGGUUUUAAUGUUUCUACACUGGGUGCUGGUAUAAUUUUUUGGUUGUAGAAAAUAUAAAUUGCUAGAGUAUAAAAACACAUGUAAAUGAUUAAUUAUGUUAUUUAGUUAUUUUCUGUAUUUUUAUAUAAAAUAUAAGGGUUCAGGAAUAUAAAAAUUUGCACCAACACUUUGUUAAUUUACCAUUUUUUGAGGUGGUUUAUCUAUCUUAAAUUGGUAUUCUGGGAAAAAUAUAUGGACAUCAUAUGUAUUUACAUAAUGUUUAACAAUCAUGAGGUUCAUGGAGAUAGCAAUGCAAUGACGAAAAAGACUAAAUUCUACCUGUUGCCAAAGUGAUAAUUGAGGUUUAAUAGUAACUUGCCAUUACACUGGUUCUGUUCAAUAAUCUGACGAGGCUAAGUGUUUAAGCACUUGAAGUUACGUUGCUUCUGUGAAAAACUUCUUUGCAAGUCUUCUGUUUUAAUAUCAAUGAAAGAAUAAUCCUACCUCUAAUUACUUACACAGCUAUUUAUGAAAUGUAAACUCUGUAACAGAAUAAAAAAAAUCAUCUGUACUUUCUAUAGAGUUUUAAUUUUAAAUGUGCUUCUGAUGGCCAAAUGAUGAAAUGUGGCUAAAAAUGCUAACUUCAUGAAAUGAACUGUUUGUUAUUAAAUUCUUGGGUUACUUUGUAUUAUUUACCAGCCUGCUUGGUUUCAUUGGAAGGUGAUGCUUGUUGAAGACACAUUUAAAUAUCUUUAAUUUAAAAAUUAUCUUGGGAGACCACAAUUUUGAUAAGUUAUUCACUGAAGGUCAUUGGAAAUAACAACAAAAUGUAUUACUACUGUGUUCAGAAUAAAAGAUAAAUUGUGAUUUUAACAAGAUCACAGGAAUUAUUUCAUCAGAAUUGAACAUACGUUUUGAAAGAAAAAGAAGGGAACUAGAAAUGAUGUGAUGAACAUCCAGGAAUUGAAUUUAUUGCAUUUAUCAUCUUUUUAACCAUGAAAGAAAGAAUUGAUAUGAUAAUCUAAACGAUUCAUUGCUACCUGAACAAACUGUUAUUACAAAAACAGUGUAUUAUGUUAAGUAUAAUAAACAGAAAAAUAUAUUAUGUCUCAAAGCAACAUUUAUGGUUAACUUUGUACUGAAUUGAAAAGUUUAAUUAUUUAUAUUAUCUAAUACAAAGGAGUUUUGUUUUGAUAUACAUGGAAUAUGUUAUUCAUAAAAUUUUCACAUUUUAUGUCUUUAUAACUCAAUUAUUUUGUUUAAAAAAAUUAAUUUGAAAAAGUCAAAUUCAUAUUUUAGUUUUUGCCAGUGACAUUUAUUUUGUGUAUUUAUCUUGUAGGGAAAUAACGUCUAGAUUAAGGUUGUCAGGAAUUGACAUUCAAGCAGGUUUGAGGAUAAAAUGAUCCUUUUUUUUGUUCUUGUUAUCCUUCUAAUUUAUUAAGUAUUCAUUUCUGAAUGAAUAUCAAAAAUGUAAAAUAUUUAAAAAAAAGUGUGUGAAUCUCUGGUGGAAGAAUUUUAUUGUUAACGAUAUUAAUGUAAGUUCAUGUUGUAAAUUAAUUUUGUUUAGCAGGUGUGUACUUAACUGUACAUUUGUGUGAAUUGUGUAGUUCAUUAUCCAAGUGAUAUUAAUCUUGUUAAUAGUACCAAUCCAAAUUGAAAACCUGCCUAUCAAAUUUUACACUUGAAUAUUUUGUUGUAAAAUUGCUUGGAAUAAUAAAAUGCUGUUAAAAAUUGCUAGUUAUACUCAUAAGUAGUGUAAAAUAUCAAUGAAAAUUUGUUUGCAUUUGUUUCAAUCUGUAUUGAAUUUCUAAAAUUUAAAACAUGGAUUAAAAGAUGAACACAAAUAUUUUGUUUUUGGUAAGAAUGCAAAUGAGAUGCUGUUUAUUCAGAUGUUGAUUUAUGUUUUCAAUGUAUUGUUAUUAAUAUUUUACAAUAACAGUAAUGUAAUUUGUAAUAGGUACAGAACGAUUUUAGAAUGAUAUUUAGACAUUAAUGACAUUAGUUUCAUAAUUCUUUCUGCUUCAUAUUCUUUGCAUUCUCUGAAAGCGUGAACAUGUUUUGGAAAUUCUUGACUGUAAAUAGUACAAAAUUGCCGUGAUAAAUAUCCAGAACUUUUCUUUCAUAUUGCUCAUAAAAUUGAUCUUAAUUGAACAAUGUAAGUACUGAUAAAAUACGCAUGUCAGAUCAAAGCAGUAGCAAUCCAGUUGACACAAAAUAUGAAGAUGAUUAAAUUUUCCAGUACACUAAUGUUAAGUAUGCUCUUGUUCAUUUUGUCUUAUUUAAAAUGUUUUCUUGUAAGCUACUGCAAAUAUUUUUGUAUAUGUAUAUAAAACAGAUAAAUCUAUUUUUCAUAUUUAGCUCAGCAAUGUCAAUAAAUGAUGUAAUAAUAUAACAAUAUUAAUUUUUCAUGGAUAUUAUCUCCUUGGUACUUUUUUAUGUCCUCUAAGAGCACAAAGAAGUUUGUAUUGAGAAGGAUCUUGGUCUUCAUUUCCACUGGAAUUGGAUGUAUUGGAAUAGGAAUUGGUAGUUGUUUCAAAUUCUUAUCUAAGUAUGUAUAAUUUAACCUUUUUUCAUCUGAACUGAAUUGAAAUCACAUGGCUUAAUUACGAGAACCAUUGAAAAUCCAUUUUCGUUUUAACAUUUAAAAACACUUAGCAUAGGCAUUAAAAAGGCAUGCCAAGAUACAACAUAGUCAUCAAAGCACAUUUAAGGUACCGUUUUAAUUGCUAUCAGAUAUUCAUUUCAUUCAGUGAGUAUAUGUUUUAAGUCUACUUUCUAAUUUCUCAAAUUUAAAUUGAAGUUUGAUUAGACAUGUUUUACAAGAUUUUGUGUGUCAACAUUUUUCUGAUAUGAUUUUUCAAAAUUUUUAAUUGACAGAAACACACCAAUUUACAAUGACCUGUAAUAUUUUCAUUAAAAAAAUUAAGGUUGAUCUCUACUUAUAAUAGUUAUUACUACACCACAGAUAAUAAUUGUAUGAAAUGUGUAUCUUGAUGUUUCUGUCUUCUGUAGAGAUGGCCUUUGCUGUUUUCUGACAUUUUGUAAAUAUGUUGAGUGUAAGGAGUCUUCAUCACGCAAAAUAAGUAAAUGCAAUAUGCCAUUCUGAGCUUUGUGUAUAAUUGUUUUUUUAAUAGGAAUGCACAGAAUGAUAACUGUUUAUGAUGCAUGCAAUCAUUGUUAACUUGACAAUAGGAUAUUAGUAUUUCUAGAAGCAAAGAGUAUUUUUGUUUCUUGAAUUCCAUGGGCACAAUGAGUUAGCACAGAAUUUCAGUGUAAAUUUGGUGUUCAUGAAGUGGGAGUAUUUGCAUUUGAAACAUUGCUUAAAUUAUAAAAAUUUCUGUUAUCUGCAAUGAAAAGUUUUGAAAGUUUAGUAGUAACCUUAAAAGAAUUUACAAUCAUAAAUAUUCUUUGGACAAAUAUGUAUUUUUGCUAUGUAACAGAGUGCAAAUAUUUCAAGAUGGAAUUGUUGUGUGUUCAUGAAAUGUAAUAGCACAAUUUCAUAUUUUAAAAGCCUCUUUCUCCUACAAAAGAUUUAUUCUGUAAUUUGUUGCACUUAAUAUUGUGUUGUCUUAAAACGAUAAAAUAUAUAUAAAGCUAUGUUAUUAAAAUAUUUUGUAAAAAUCCAUAACACAAAUUUGUGACUUUAUUGGAACCUUUUUUUUUUUGUAUUGAACUAUUGAUUCAAGUCAUCUUAUUUGUUCCUAUUGAACUAGAUGGGUUUUGUUAGGUGCAGUAUAUUAAAGAGAAACUAUGAUCUCUCAGAAGAGAGAUGAUCUGAAGUUUUUUAUUUGAAUGAAAAAGCAAAAAGGUUGUUUAUUUUAUUUCAGGGUAAUUCAGCAUUGAAGAAUGUGAUGAAAUAAAAUUUUUAAAUGUUGAAAACCUAUGAAUUAUUUCUCACAUUAAUUUUUAAUAUUUUUAAAAUAUCAUGUUUUCAAUUUAUGAAAUCCUAUUUUGGCUUUCCUG